GUGCACUCACCUGGUCACGGGGACGCUCUGGACACACCUGUACACUCACAUGUACACACACAGGUGCACUUACCUGUACACUCACCUGUACACUCACUUGUGCACUCACCUGUACACUCACCUGUACACUCACAUGUACACUGACCUGUGCACUCACUUGUACACUCACUUGUGCACUCGCAUGUACACUGACCUGUGCACACACAGGUGCACUUACCUGUACGCUCACCAAGAACUCGUAUGUAUAGAGGCACUCGCCUGUGCACGUGUACGGGGUCACCUGUACUUCACGGGCGUGCGAGCACACAGACACCUGAACCCGGACUACGAGCGUGAUGGCGGCACCGUCAUUGGAGGAAACUUACAGAUUUGAGCGUUCCCCGUCGGGCCGCCAGAAGUGGCGGCGUCUCUACGGGGGCCUCUUGGGCGAGAAGCUGCUGGAGCCGCGAGGCCCCGCGGCCGCCCGCAGGGACGACGGAUCGCCCGACGGCGGCGAGGACGCCGACGACGGCGGCUGUGAAGAUGCGGCGGACGCCGAGGAAGAGGUGCUGCCCUCGCCGCGUCGGCCCGACCGGCGCGGCGCCGCCGCGCGCCGGGACUGGUGGCGACUACCCCCGCUGCGACCGGUCGUGGGAGCGGACGCGGACGGGCAGAGUUCGGGGGACGCCAGGCCCGAGGCGGUGGGCGACGGCUGUGGUGGUGGCGACGCGCCCCAGGCGGGGACGAAGGGCGAGCGCGCACACAUCAUGGCCAGCAGCGCCACCGAUCGCCUCUUCGACGGAUUCGCCGUGGACGGGAGGGUGCACGUGGCCGAGUUCGUCAAGGCCGUGUGUGACGCGGGCUUGCUCAAGUCCGACCCACGCUUGAGGCCGGGGCUGGAGGCGCUGGCACGUGACACAGACCCGGCGGGCACCGUGACUCGGGAGCACUUCUCAAGGUGUGUGGGCUUGCAGGCUCGGCUGCUGCUCCGGGCCCUGCAGGGCUGUCUGGCCAUCCCGAGAUUCCGAUCCUUCGCAUCGACGCUCGAACGCAUCUUCCUGCAGUGCCGACGCGAGACCCACGAGCAGAGCGACCAGGGCGCGGCCGAGGCGGUGACAGGCUGGGGUCUGGCCGUCUGCACCGUGGACGGACAGAGGCUUUCGCUGGGCACGAGCACCCUGCCGUUCCGGCUGGGCCACGUCUCGCGCCUGCUGAGCCACGCGCUCGCGAGCCACGCGCUGGGAGCCGCCCGGCUGCACGCCCGGCUCGAGGCGGCCGGACACGCGGGAGCCGGCGGGGACCCCGAGUCCGAGGCACGCGGAUGCUCCCUUAGCCCUUUGUCGGAUUCCGGGAGUCUGCUGGUGGCUGCAUUGCUGCAGGCGGCGCUGAGGGAGCAGUCGCCCGGGAGAGACGCGCUGCAGCUGGUGUUGGAGGCGUACGGUCAGCUGGCCGGGCCAGAGGGUGCAACACAGACCCCACGCAGCUCACCAGGACCCAUUCCCAACAGACUGCAGGCAGUGAAAUACCUCAUGAAGGACCGCCAGUGCUUCCCGGAGAGGACGGACGCCGACUCGGCGCUGGAGCUCCUCGUGCAGCUGUCGGGCGUGCAGGUGACGUGCGAGUGGUGUGCGGGCGUGGCGGGCUGCCUGGCGGCGGGCGGCGUUCCCCCCGCGGUGGCGGGAGAGGAGAGGGCACUGGCGGCAGACGCGGUGCGCUCCGCGCUCUGCUGCGCUCACGCGGACGGGCUCGGCGGUCUGUCCGCAGAUGCACAUCACAAGGUGGGCCACCCCGUGGUGUCCUCGCGCACAGGAGCGCUGAUCGUGAUCGUGCCGCGCGUGCUGGGCCUGGCGUUCUGGUCGCCGCGCCUCGACGACGCGGACCUCCCACGCGGAGGCCUGCGGCUGUUGGAGGAGUUCGUGCAAACGUUCGCGCUGCACCCAUACGACAGCGCGCCCCGUCGGCCCAGACCUCUGUCGUCUUGGUCUCACGAAUCGGAGGGAUACCGGAUCAUGAACCUGCUGCUGGCCGCCUACCGGGGUGACGUCGCUUCCCUCCGCAGGAUGGUGCUGGCUGGCGUGCACCCUGGCCUGGCCGACUACGACGGCCGCACGGCGCUGCACCUGGCCGCCUCGGAGGGUCACCUGCAUGCCGUGCGCUUCCUGCUGGAGACGGCUCGGGCGGACUGCCACGCCCGCGACCGCUGGGGCAGCACUCCGCUGCACGAGGCCGUGCGCUACGCCCACGUGGCCGUGGUCGCCCUGCUGUCCGCGCACAUGAACCAGGCGACGGUGCUCAUGUAGACAGAAUGGUGAACAGCUGCACCGACACAGCCAGCCACAAUCACCGUUCACACACUAAUGCAAAGCCUGCCCCAGCCAUCAUCCAAAUACACAGCCAACGUUCAUCAUCACCACCAACUUGCCUUAUCCAUCAUCACCAUCAUCACCAUCAUAGUAACAUCAUCUCAGCAAUGUUCACCAUGAUCAUCAUCAUCAUCUUCAACCAGAUACUUUACUCAAAUUGUAAAUGUUGUGGAUUUACUCUCCAACACACCGGUGGGCUAAAGUAGUAACUAAUUGGCUUUUGUUUACGCGACAACUCCCUUACUAAUUGGCCGUGUAGGGUGGUGGAGGAUUACGACACGGUUUAUUAUGAAUAAUAUUCGCUGAGAAAGCCAUUGCUAAUAUGCAUAAUAUAGGUUUUUUGGGUUCGAUCGGGUAAAUAUAAAUUAAACCCGCCACCACCGCGAUGCAGCCACGUAAACAGAACAUGCCAAUUCGAUACUAGUACAGCAACACCGGUUUGUUGGAGAUCAAAUCCACAACAAUCUCACCCAAAAAAAAACACUUGGGUGAUAUUGGUCGCGAAAGCCUACGUGUUACACUGAUUGCCAAUAUCAUCAACACGAUCUUCGCUUCUGUCUCCAUCUCAAGCAAAUCUCUUGGCUCCAUCUCCACGGCUGGCAUUGCCCUGCCCACUUUAGUCUCCGUGUGCCGCGAUUCCACGGGAGCAGAAAGAAGCAACCACGUUGGGUUGAAUUUCAGAAUCUGUCGAGUUUUAAAUCGAACGGGAGGAAUGAAGCCGACCCGUGAUUGGAGCGCUGGGUCAGUUUGUACGGAGCACAAGCAGACAGCACCGUGUCCACUCCUGUGCACCCUGCACUUAUUUAUGCCACGUGAUAAUAUAUAUGAAGACUGACUUCCUAGACAAUAUUUUCUAUAGUAAAUGUAAGUGGGGAGGGAAUGGUAUAUUUUUUUACCCGCUGUAAUUGUUAUGUAAUCUUGUUUACAUGUUUAAAAUAUUAAAUAUAUAACAACAUAAAAUAUAUGUAUGUGUAGAGGUGAUACGCGCUGGGAUUAGGGAUCGUAUGCCAGCGCGUAAUGAUUGGCUGUGUAGGUGGUGACGCGCGCUGACGGUGGAGGAUCAGGGGUCAGCGCGGGGUCGUGGGUUAAGGGGUACUGAUUGGCUGUGGGCCCGUGACGCGCUGAGAGGGAGUGAUCGGAUGGCAGCGCGGUGUGAUUGGUAGAGGAGUGUUAACACGCGCUGGGAAAACGGAUCGUAGAGAGAGUGCGUCGUGAUUGGUUCACUAGGGAACGAUGCUCACGUCGACGUCCGGAUCAGCUCCGUCUCUCGUGAGCAGGGGCUAUAAAAGGGGAUGCACACAGGCGUAAGGGCAGUAUGUAACCAGCGAAGAAUGAAGACGGGGAUGAAGACCUAGGGCCCUGCGGUACCUAGUCCCGCUGUCCUAACGGGACCGGGACUCUGUGUAACCCAGAGGCGAGUGUAGUGUGUGUAGCCAGAGGCAUAGAGUCUACACGAGCCGAAUGUAUUGUGUGUAGCCAGAGGCAUAGGGUCUACACGAGUCAAGUGUAUUGUGUGUAGCCAGAGGCAUAGGGUCUACACGAGUCAAGUGUAUUGUGUGUAGCCAGAGGCAUAGGGUCUACACGAGUCAAGUGUAUUGUGUGUAGCCAGAGGCAUAGGGUCUACACGAGUCAAGUGUAUUGGGUGUAGUCAGAACCAUAGAGUCUACACGAGUUAAGUGGAGUGUGUAGUCGGAAGAAAGGAGACCACACGUUGUAUUGUGAACGUAAAGAUUUAAUAAAAGUGUGUUACCCGUCAAGAAGUUCCUGCCGUCAAUUCCAAU